UGGGGUACUUUUAGAGAUCAUUUCGGGUCCUGGGAUCGUUUCGGGUCCUGGGAUCAUUUCGGGUCCUGUACAAUUUGCCCUCUAACCCUUGAAGCUUCUCAACAACGUCAGGAAUGCUCAUCACCCACUGGAGCUGACAAAGGCGCUGGUCGUUGCAGCCGCUACACCUACAGCUCCAAAAUUCCACCCGCUCUCUGGCCAAAGGAAGCGCCCAUGACCACAUUCAUGACCGAUGUAGGCAUCGUCGCAACCCAACUGCUCGUAACGAGAAGCGCAAGGGACCUGCCAACGCGUCGCUAUGGACCCAAGUCUCACGGAGGCCCUCAUGAUCGCGAGGGUACAUGUGCUUACCCCUUUGAUGGGCCUGGGGGAAUCUUGGCGCACGCUUUCUUCCCCCCUAACGGCCGCGCCCACUUUGACGAGGACGAGAAAUUCACGGACGGGACCUCCGACGGCACGAACCUGCUCUGGGUGGCGACGCACGAGUUCGGCCACUCCCUCUGCCUGCACCACAGUGAUGUGCGAGAUGCGGUCAUGUACCCAUACUACACGGGUUACAAGCCAGGCUUCAACUUAAAGGCUGAUGAUAUCGCGGGAAUAAGGGCUCAUUACGGAGACGAAAACUCCGGUGGCUCUCAAACCUGUGUUGACAACAAUAAAAGCUGCCCAGGCUGGAUCAGCUAUUGCAACAAUCACGAUUACGUCAUCGCCAAUUGCAGGAAGAGUUGCGGGAGAUGUUAAGUGAUGUCACUUUAUUAUAGAAUAAAUGUUUGCUGAAUAAACAAAGCUAUCUGAGA